CUAUCCAAAGCACUUCUCUAUUUCAUCCGUCCCCGGACACCACCAUGACAGCUCAAUUGCUGCUUCUCCUGCUAUUUGUGAUUUAUAACCCUGGGGAGCUAUUCUUGGGUGUAAUUGGUAAGCCCCACAAGGCGAAACAUGAAGUGACAUCAUCCAGUGAGGAAUCCUGUCAUUUCCCUUUCCGCUACCAACGCAAAAUGCACUACUACUGUCUCCCUAGCGACCUUCUUAAAUCUCAGCGCUGGUGCGCCACCACAGAAAACUAUGACCGAGACCAACAAUGGAAGUUUUGUCAGAAGGAGGAAAGGCCAACAGGGUACUGUGAUCCUAACCCCUGCCAGAAUGGGGGUGUCUGCGAAGCUAGGAAAGCUGGAUUCCACUGCACCUGCACAGCUGGUUUCCACGGGAGACGCUGUGAGACAGAAGGCUGUUUUGGGUCACAAAGAGGGUUGCAUGUUGGCAAGAAGGAAACAUGGCUGCAGUAUUUUCCCUCUACUGGACUGAAGGAGUGCCGCUGUAACAGGAAGAAGAUUCUCUGCAAGACAGUGCAUGGAAAAGCCUGCAGAAGCAACCCCUGUCUGAAUGGAGGUCAGUGCAUACAGCUGGGUCAGAACUUGGUCUGCAGCUGCCCUGAAAAAUUUUCUGGACCACUGUGUGACAUAGAUCACACUGAAAUCUGCUACAGUGGGAAUGGGCACCUAUACCGAGGCAUGGCUCAGAGUAGUUCCUCAGGGGCACCUUGCCUACCCUGGGACUCCCCGAUCCUGCUUAUGGAGUAUUCCAUCAAACUCAGGAAUGCAGUAAGCCUGGGCCUAGGGGAACACGCCUUCUGCAGAAAUCCAGAUAAUGACACCCAGCCAUGGUGUUUCUUGCUGCAAGACAGACGAAUCACCUGGGAGUAUUGUAACAUUACUCGCUGUCACCCCCAAAGUACCGGUGAACUGAUAACAAAAGCGACAGGAGCGCCUCUGGAGGAGAUGGCCACGAGCAGCCACGUGAAUAGCAAACCCAAGUCUACCACUAGCUCAGCUCCAGUUUGUGGACAACGCUACACAAAAGUCAUUUCCUCACGCAGCCGUAUCGUAGGGGGUGUGGUGGCACUUCCUGGCGCCCAUCCCUAUCUUGCUGCUCUCUACAUUGGAGAGCAAUUCUGUGGAGGAAGCCUCAUCGAUUCCUGCUGGAUCCUGACUGCUGCACAUUGUCUGGAAUUCAGGCCAGAUGUGUCUAGAAUAUCAGUGGUGCUUGGGCAGAUCUUCUACAACACCAGCACUGAAGGCACUGUGAAGUUCCAGGUGCAGAAGUAUCAACUGCAUGAAAAUUAUUCACAAAUAACUGAGGAGCAUGACAUUGCUCUGGUGCAACUGAAGGAAAAGUCCCCAGGACGUUGUAUUGGAUUUUCAAACUCCAUUUCACCUAUAUGUCUGCCUGGUUCCUUGGAGACAGCUGACAGCAAUGGAUCCUGCCAAAUUGUAGGAUGGGGACAUAUGUAUGAAGGAGCUGACAAAUUCUCUGUAUAUCUGCAGGAGGCAGAUGUGCCCAUCAUUCCCCGUGAGCAGUGCCGUUCCCCAGAUGUACAUGGGUCCCACAUUACCCAACACAUGCUAUGUGCAGGAUACCUGGAAGGAAGAAUUGAUGCAUGCCAGGGAGAUUCUGGUGGGCCCCUGGUAUGUGAAGAGCGAGGCAAGGCCACCAUCCGUGGCAUUGUCAGCUGGAGCACAGGCUGUGCCCAAAGGAACAAACCUGGGGUUUACACCAAUGUCGCUCGCUACCUCAGCUGGAUUCAGAGCAACAUGCAUUAGGCAAGCCAGAGGGUGGAAAGCCAGUGAAAUUGAAAUCAUGGGCCAUGCAGCAGCUCUCCCCAUGAGCUUGAACAUCUUCUUCUCUCUUAUUGUAUGUGCAGUUCCCUAGGCUAGAUGCUGAACAUUACAGAAUCGGAGGAUACCAGUUGUGUGGGUUGUUUUGGGGGACAAUAAACCAUCCUGCACCAAA